GCCAUUAUCAUGACAUGAAUGAAAUCAACCGUGAAAUGCACUGUAACCUGACCUGAGAAAAUUCUAAUUCGAAUCGACAACCCGGACACCGGUCUUCCAAAUAUAACUGAAACAUAUUUGAUAGUAAUCUAGUAGGAGAGUGGUGAUCAAAGUAAAAUGAAAAUAGUGGAGCUAAAACCCAACCGCUUGCUUAUCAAGGCUAAUUUCGAUGGCUACAAGGUAUCGCUCGAACCCAUUCCCAUUGCGCGUACCGAGCUGACAGGAUCGCUAGGACCGGAUCGUGUUCGACCAAGCCACAAUCAGUACUCGUACUUGCACGCGACCCUCUACGGUCUCCACAAUCAUUUGGUGCGCGAUCCCUGGUCAUCUGGAAGUUGCUAUUACGUGGACGAAGCGUGGAAUGUUCGGCGAGUGCAAUACGAGGAGGGCUCCGGAAAGGUGAAACCACUGAGCUCGGUGCUGAAGCUGGGGAAACCGAGACCCAGAGUGGAUGGCGACUAUAACUGCUCGUUGCUGUUCAUAUCGGAAAAGUUAGCAUUGGUAGCCGACGGCCAGGGAGGGCUGCGUUUGGUCGACACGGGAGAUCGCCGCCGGGGCGAUGAAUGGAAGGCUUUAUACAUGUUUCCUGCGAUAGAUGAACUGAAGGCGGGGUUUGUCCUUAUGGAUGGGCGACUUGAGGUCAUCAAUGAAGAGAUCCAGAUUCACGUGGUUUGUUUAUCCAUAGAGGAAAAUAAAGGAAAGUUCAGAACCGUUUUGCAUUGGCUUAAAAUAAUCCAACAAGAAUCCCCAGAGGAAUGGAACCAUGAUUCAACGCACGUAAUGAAAAGCGAGGGAUUUCCAAGCUAUUGUUAUUUAGAGCCCAAAUGUGGGGCUUUAGUCGUUGUAAGUGAUAAAUCUGUCAAAUUUGUUCAGGAUUCCCAGGAACCAGUGGUGCAGGAGGCUGGAGUGUCCCUAGAGAAGAAACACGAUGAUGCUGUACCGGAAAAGUGUCUGUUUAGUUGGACUCAGUCGCCAGAGGACAUCACCAUAAAAGUGCCCAAGGAGGAAAAUGUGGAAUAUAAGAUAACAAAUGCAGAGCGCAAGUUGAAAGUUUUCCGCGACGCAGCUUUGAUCAUUGAUGGAGAUGCUUUGUUCGGGGGAAUCGAUGGAGAUUUAACUACGUGGACUAAUGAGUCUUCCGAGCUGCAAGUAACCCUGUUGAAGCAACCGUCAGGCACAAUAUGGCCUUUCCUGUUUCCUGGUAGCCCUGAGGAAAGUGGCGAUCGGCCUGCUGCAGAUUUACCCCCUGCUCCGAAUCUCACAUCCCAACUGGAAGAGUGUGAUUUCGCCUCAUCGAGUCAAGACACUGAGUACACUAUCGAAAGACUGGACGUCAAAAAAUUCUCGACUAGCCACAAAGUUUGCCUAGGCAGCACUGCACCGUUGUUCAACGCCACUCUCAAGACAGGGCUUCCUCCGGCACUGGCAAUGAGGCUUGAUGUGGAUGCUUGUCUGUGGUUGCAAAAUCCAGGAGAGAAUUGGAACUUCAGACACGAGGGAACAUUACACGCAUUUGCUUACGUGUUGGCCUCGAAGCAACAGCGGAAAUUUGUGUCCUGUUCGCCGGAUCUUACCUACGCCAUAAUCUGUGAAUCGGAUCGGCACGUGUUUAUUUACAAGGCUCACUUUAACAGCGCAAGUGGACUGCGCAACCGGAAGGGAGCGCAAAUCAGUAUUGGCGAGCAGCGGCUGAUUCGGCUGGAGGGAGCUGGUGAGGUUUUGGGCAUUUCUUGCGAAAAUGACUACUGCAUACUGCUGACGGAAAUGCGUCUUAUGGUUAUACAGAUGUGUACCGAAGAGGAAUAAACAGAUGAUCUUUUGCUUAUUUA